CCUGGGCCGGCCUGGGUUCCCGGAGUUGGAGCCGGCUUUCCCAGCUGUGGCCCGGUUACCAAUGGCUCUCCCUGUGGCUGCAGCAGCUCCGGCGGCAGGAGUGCCCUUCCAGAGCUUGCUCCAAGUGCACUCCGGCUCCUUGAGCCAGCGCCGUGCACUCUGCAGCUCUGGCCCGUCACCCGCGUUUAGUGGGAGCGCAGUCAGUGGAGGAAGGGAAGACAAACUUGUGAAAUGGACGAAAGCUUAGGUGGCUGCAGAGGACAGCUCGGCCAUAGCUCAGAGUUUUGGAGACAGGCGAGUUUGAGCUCACAGGGAGGUGUGGUCGCCUCCUGAGGACCGAAGGCCUUCAUUUUUCCACCUUUGUAGCCUGUGCUUCCGAAUGAGUGUUUUAAGAAGUCCGACCUCACAGUCUUCUGUGCUUAAGAACUGGAGGUGGCAAGGAAGGACUUUUGUUACAGAUUGUCCGUUUUUGCUUGGGGAAACGCAAUGCGCUGCCUGACUUCUCAUGACUGGAAAGCCUACCUUACCCUUUUUGUACUCCUGGAGGGGAGUCUUGCUCACAUGUUUACCUGCGGCUAGGACAAGGAAGAGAAAAGAGAUGAGCCGUCAGACUGCUACAGCAUUACCUACUGGUACCUCAAAGUGUCCGCCAUCCCAGAGGGUGCCUGCCCUGACUGGCACGACAGCAUCCAACAAUGACUUGGCGAGUCUUUUUGAGUGUCCUGUCUGCUUUGACUAUGUGUUACCACCCAUUCUUCAAUGUCAGAGUGGCCAUCUUGUUUGUAGCAACUGUCGCCCGAAGCUCACAUGUUGUCCAACUUGCCGGGGCCCGUUGGGAUCCAUUCGCAACUUGGCUAUGGAGAAAGUGGCCAAUUCAGUACUUUUCCCUUGUAAAUAUGCCUCUUCUGGAUGUGAAAUAACUCUGCCACAUACAGAAAAAGCAGACCACGAAGAGCUCUGUGAGUUUAGGCCUUAUUCCUGCCCAUGCCCUGGUGCUUCCUGUAAAUGGCAAGGCUCUUUGGAUGCUGUAAUGCCCCAUCUGAUGCAUCAGCACAAGUCCAUUACAACCCUACAGGGAGAGGAUAUAGUUUUCCUUGCUACAGACAUUAAUCUUCCUGGUGCUGUUGACUGGGUGAUGAUGCAGUCCUGUUUUGGCUUUCACUUCAUGUUAGUCUUGGAGAAACAGGAAAAAUACGAUGGUCACCAGCAAUUCUUCGCAAUUGUACAGCUGAUAGGAACACGCAAGCAAGCUGAAAAUUUUGCUUAUCGACUUGAGCUAAAUGGUCAUAGGCGGCGAUUGACUUGGGAAGCGACUCCUCGAUCUAUUCAUGAGGGAAUUGCAACAGCCAUUAUGAAUAGUGACUGCCUAGUCUUUGACACCAGCAUUGCACAGCUUUUUGCAGAAAACGGCAAUUUAGGCAUCAAUGUAACUAUUUCCAUGUGUUGAAACGGCAAUCAAACAUUUUCUGGCCAGUGUUUAAAACUGUUGCAUUCAAUUUCACAGGAGAAUAAGGCACCCAUCUGCCUACCAACCUGAAACUCUUUUGGUAGGUGGAAGCUAGACACAUGAAGGUAAAUAAAAAGAAAGGCUGUUAAAUACAGGAAACAGUUGCAUGUAGUAACACUAAUAUAUUUAAAAAUAAGUCAACAGUAAACCACUGAAAAAAUAUAUAUAUAUACACCCAAGAUGGGCAUCUUUUGUAUUAAGAGAGCAAGCAUUGUAAAAUAAUUCUGACUUUUGUGUUUGUUGUAGAUUGAUUGUAUUGUUGAAAAUAUUGGGUUUUUUGUUUUGUUUUUGUUUUUUUUUGCGUGUGUGUGUGUGUGUGUGUGUGUGUGUGUGUGUGUUUAACUGACAAGCCAUCUGAGUGGUCUUGGGCCACUGCUUCUCCCUUUGUGAGUCAAUACAUAGUGCUGCUGGUUGUUUUUUUUUUUUUUGGCUGUGUGUGCAUUUGCUAAUUUUUAUUAAUUCUAGUUUUUCAUUAAAUAAAUUUGACUUUCUUUUCUGUAAUUUCAGGUUUUUCCUCACUUUUUUUGUACCUUUUUAAAGUUAGUGUCUUUUUGAUAUGCGUAAUUGUUUAUGGUAAAGUUUGUGUUCAAUACAUAUUUUUCCCCUCAUUAAUCAGUUUUUUAGAAAUAUUUUAAAUUCAGCUAUUUUGUGAAGAUAUGAGUCCCAGAAAGGAAAGGUUACAUCAAAGAAAAAUUAUCAAAAACUAUUUAAAGCAACUAUAAGGUGGUCUCUUUCUCUUCUUUCAUCCUCUUUUCCAGUUCAGUCAUACCUUCCAGCUUACUCUGAAAAGUUAGGGAAUAUAUUCUGAUUUAUAUAAAUACUGAAAAAAAUCAGGCUUUUUUCCUUCUCAAAUAUCUUGGACAAAUCACAUGUUUAGAAAUUUGUUCUUGUAUUUAUUGGUUUUGCAGAAGAAGGCAUCAUCAUACACAGUAUUUGUAAUUAAGAGCAAAUCAUUUGUUUAAAAAAAGGCAGUUUGCAAAAAAAAAUUUAUGUUUUUGGUCUUUUAUAAUUCUCAUUAAAAGAUUAUCUGGCAAAUUAAAAAAAUCUUAAUGUGUCUGCUUCAGCUGUAAGUGUGGUGAAGUCCAGAGUCAUUUUCCUGUUCCAUUUUGUGCUUUAAUUAUACAGCAGAAAAUACUGUGCUGUCACUCUGUAGUGUGGCAGAGUUUUAUUCUAAGUGCAGCAGGAGCCAGGCAUGUGGCCUCUGGACUGCCCCUGGCUCCCCUCAUUCCCCCCCCCCUCCCAUUUUGAUUUUCCACAAGGAAAUCCACAGAAUUCAGGAGAAAGAUUGACUAAAAUUUUUAGCUGAUCACUUUUGUCCCCUUAAAAACAAAAAUUAGUUUUUGGUAUUUCAUAGCUCUGCUGGUUAAGUAUCUUGGCUCUGCUCCACUUAUAGCUGUAUGACCUUGGGCCCUAGUUUCCUAAUGUCUAAAAAGGGGUUACAUCCUAGUAGCUACCUCACAGGGUUAAAUAAGACACAGUAAAGUUACCCGAUCAAUGCUUUGUACAUAUUGUUGCUGGGAUUAUUAUUUUUUAAAAAAACUCUUGGUACUUUAUAAUCAUUGUUUCAUUAAAACCUCAGGUUUUGCCUGGUGUGGUGGUGCAGGCCUGUAAUCCCAGUGACUCAGGAGACUGAGGCAGAAGGAUUGCAGUACUUGGCAAAACUCUGUCUCAAAGUAUAAAAUAAGAGGAGGACUGGGGAUGGGGUUCAGUGUUUAGGCACUCAUGGGUUCAAUUCCUAGUAUUAAAAAAUAAGAAGCCCUCAGUUUUUACUAAUUCAAGUAAAUUUAGGUAAAUUUUGUGUAUGUUUGACAACUAGCUAGUAAAGCUGACAUUUUUUAUAUUUUAUGUUUCAGUCAUCAUUCUACUUUGGUCUGCAGUGAUGAGCUCUAAAGCCACAUUGCUUUGGUCUAUUUGAAAAUUUGGUUUAUUAGGUCUAGCUCUUGUUCUUGAAUUGUUAUAAUAAUGAAUGGUUUCUAUUAAUUUCCCUACCCCUCCUUUGGGUGUCGUCUUUCACAUUUUAUGGGGUAGAUGUAGGUAAUAUUCUAUUAUUUUGCUUUUAUAUACUUUUUUUUUUCCUCAUGAUUUUGGGGAUCAAACCCAGGGUAGGUAAGUGCUGUACCACUGAGCUACAAUCCCUAGCCUGAUCUAUAUUUUUCAACUAGAAAUUGUCCUAUUGGAUAGACAUGGACCGGUUUAGUGUGUUAGUGAUCAUUGGAAAGCCUUUUUUUCCUUUGCUUUGAUUUUUAUUAUGUAUUACUUAUGUUUUUUUUUUAACACCCACAUUUCUGCAAACUAAAUUUUCAUAAGUGGCUAUAGAUUGCUUAGCUCUCAAAUAGUAGUAUGUGUCCCCUCCACACAAGAGCUCUUUUUAUAUCCAGGAAUCUCUACAAUGAUAGAAUUAUUUCAUUCAGAUUUCUGAGUGGAAGAAUUGGUAAGUAAUCCAAAUUAUAAAAACUGAAUGAAACUACACUGUACCUGGGGUCAGUCUGUGACUGCUGACAAAAGUUAAGAUCAGAAUAUAAUGCAAUGAGUAGAAGGUAUGAAUAACCACCUGGUACUGUGGUUAUCUCUAUGGGUUAUACAAGGAAGGUAGACAGUGUUACAGAUUGAACAUUGUGGAGGUUCAGAGUACCAAGGAUUACCUGGUGAUUUACUGUAAAAUAGAUCAUUUACCAAGAGAAUUUCACAUUAUCUAAGUAUGGCAUUAUCCAGACUAAAUUGUUUGAUACUUACCAAGCACCUAGUAAAAUCUGGUGGCAUACAUUAUUGGGCUCUAAACUUUAACUGCCUAAACUGACUUUUAUUUAAUCUCUGUCAGGUUCUUCAGUAAAAUGAUCUAAUGAUAUCUACUGGUGUAAGUGAAUGAGGUGGGGCUUAUCAUUAGGCCUGGCUCCGUAGCCCAGUGUCUUGCUUAGCUACACAUUUUCCCUAUCUUUAUACAGAUUUAAGCAAUUUCUUUACAUUUUAGUUGUAAUGUUCUGAGGCCUUUCUAAAUUCUGAAAUGCAUUAACAAAUUUGUAGAAAUUAAUGUAAACAGUGGUAUGAAAGAAUGCUGGAUUUUGUAAAGUCACGUUUUGACAGGCUUGCACUAUUAUGUAAAGACUAGAAUUUAGCCUAAAUAUUUUCAUUUCCCUGGAAAUGUGCUGAUAAUAUUAGAUUUGAAUUUAUUUAACAUUUUUUAGUAAUGCUAAAUAGAUUGAAUAACUAUUCUUUAGUUCGUUAAGUACAGACUAUAGUAUGUUUCAAAUAAGUGAAUUUUUAUUGCGAAUAAAGCUUUUCUUAGAAUUAAAAUUACUUUGAUACAACUGUUUUAAAACCUCAAUGACCAGUCAAUUGCCUGUUGUUUAUUUAUUCAGAUAUUUCCAAUAUUUCCUUCCUGUUUUGGUGCUUUUUUAAAAAUAAAGGAUAUAUUCUUUGUGUAGGAUUCACUACAUGUUAGUAAAACAAAACAAAAUAAUGAGUGUGUUAAUAUUGGAUCAUGAAUCAAAUUGGUGACUGUAGUCUGAUUUCUUUUUUUUUCUUUAAUACUAAAGUUUUCACAGGGCAAGGCUCAAAUACAGCUUUUCAUUUUGGCCAAAGUAAUGUGAGCUUGAACAUGUUUUUUUCAUUAAAGCAAAACAAGACUACAUGAUGUUUACAUCUAAUAAUCCCACUUAAAUUUUGGGUUUUAGAAGGAAAUUGAGAAAAUUAACUUUUGUGACUUAAUAUCAAAGACUCUUAAUAUUAAGGUUUACCUCAUUUCAGUAAUAAAGGAAAGUAAUAAGUCCUUUUAACUGGGCAAGUUGAUUACCUGACAGGGUGACUUGGGUAGGGGCAUGUGUUACCUAGUCCUGGAAGCUUGUGGUAGAUACCACUACUAAUGACUGUAUCCAGAGGGGAAUCAAAAUCCUCUUACCUGAAGCAACCAAAACCUAUCAAUUAGAGGUGUUACUGGAAACAAAACUCCUUUGUUUCUGAAGAGAAUCUGUGGUAUGGCCAGAAUACAAUUUUUAAAUUUUAUUUUUGUGUUGGGGGUGAAUCCAGGGCCUCUCAAAUGCUUAAUAAGCAUGUGCCUCUACCAUUGAGCUAUACCCCCAUCCCAGAAUGCAAGUCUUGAUUGCUAUCAGAAGAAAAGGGAAUCGUUACAUGUUCUAGAACAUAACACUGUAUGCCCACUACUCAUUUAAAAUUUCAGGUGUUUAAUAUUCACAAUCAUGGAAUCUUACCUAUGGUCACAUAUUUUCCAGAUGAUAAAUAUGCAGUCUUUUUCACUGAAUUUACAGGUAAUCAAGUGCUUAAGAAUCUCGGCCUCUGAUGCAUGGUUAUUCAUGGUAAGGUUUAAACAGGGACCAAAAAAUGGGUAGUAAAAACUUAUACACUUCUAUUAGAAAUAUAAAAUUGAUAACCAAGGCCUUAAACCUUAUUUAGUUUUAAUACCUUAAGAAUUUUAAAAGCCUAUGCAUUAAAAAACAUCUGGAGUACUGUGGUUAAAUACAUAGAUCCCAAGGUUAAUGUUUUCAAUAUAAAGUCUAGGUUAUUGUGAUACAAGGAGGUCUUAAGAGUAACAACUAGUAAGCUCUGAGUGUCUUCUAAAUAAGUGCUAGAAAAAGACACUCAGCUUCAAGUUAGGGAAAUUUGAAUCAAAAUACUAUUGUCACACUCAUUAGGAAGGCUAUUAUCAAAGUGUUGGCAACGAUGUAGAAAAACUGGAACUUAUGUGCAUUGCUGGUGGGCAUGUCAAAUGGAGCAGCCAAGAUGGAAAAGAAAUUUGGUUAAAAAGUUCAGAUUAUAUGUUUUGUUUGUGGUGCUGUAAUAAAAUACUGAAGACUA